AUGAAUCGGGAGCUAUCUCAUUUCACGCAGGCGGUGCUGAAGAACCCUGCCAAUAGCAGUAACACGGAUCCCAGAAUCCAUAUCACAGCUCGCCCAGCCACUGCGGAGCAAGCAAGCAAGGGUAUCGCGCAGACUAUCCAUAUCUACUUCGACGAGAACGACAAACUGGAUGGGUACAGGCUGUUCGACGAACGCCCGGUGAAAAAGGAGGAUGCUUAG